AUGUUUACUUCCCAGGAGCAAGCACGUUUUUGCGCAUGCUGGGUGCGUGAGAUGAUCGAGUUUUUGGGUUUGUCAUGUCAUCCCACCAAGUGCCAGUGGGAGCCGUCGCAGUCAGUGUAUCACUUAGGCAUUACUGUCAAUACGGCAGCUGGUGUGUUUGAGGUGCCUAAGCAAAAGCUCGCAAAAUUGUGGUGGCUGGCGAUCGGGUUGCGGAUCACGGCAAAGAAAAAUCAGCGUCUGGUGCAGGCUAAGUUUUGUAGUUUUGCACAGAGCAUCAAAUUGGCCCUUACUCCAGCUCUCUUAUUUCUCCGCAAUUGUUACGAUGAUGUGAAGCAACCGGUCUGGCAGUGCGGGUGCAGUCGUCUUGUGGGUGCUUUGCUUAGCACUCGGUCGGUCAGUGUGGCGCUGCAAUUGAGGGGUCGUGUGCCCCCGAGGUCUUUCGAGGCGUUUGGCUUCGGGAGUUUCGGUGUGCGCGCCUGUCUGGCAGCUCUGGCCCUCUUGCGGGUCAGCGCGAUGCGCCGUUUGGUGGUUCAGUAUUUCAACCGCUAG